AUUAACCUGUGCUUAUGUAGUUAAUAAAUUUUCGGAAUGUUACAUUAUAUAUACUUUAAAAUAAUUUUUCCUUGAAAUAGAUAAAAAUAUAUUACCGAAGAAACAUGAAUUUUAUACGUGGUUUGAAAUGGUCAAAGAAUUGUUUUCAAUUGCUUCCUUCACGUUGUUUUCAAAAUUCACCAACUUCAAUUUUAACAGCUAAUAUUAAUGUACCAAAUAUGAAGACAAACAAUGAUCAUAUUUGUUGGCUAGACAUGGAAAUGACUGGGCUUAAUGUACAUACCGACCAUGUUUUAGAAGUAGCAUGCUUAAUUACAGACAAGAAUUUGAAAGUCAUAAGUACUGAUUUAAAUAUAGUUAUACAUCAGCCACAUGAAGUAUUAGAAAAUAUGAAUGAUUGGUGUUUACUGAAUCAUAAAAAGACAGGAUUAAUUAAUGAAUCACGUUUAAGUAAACUUACAAUACAUGAUGCUGAACAAGCUGUGUUAGAAUUUUUAAAACUAUAUAUCAAGGAAAAAACUUGUCCAUUAGCAGGAAGUUCAGUUUAUAUGGAUCGUAUGUUUUUACAUAAAUAUAUGCCAUUGGUUGAUAAUUAUUUGCAUUAUAGAAUUAUUGACACUUCUACUAUUAAAGAAUUAAUUAAAAGGUGGAAUACAAAUGUCCCAACAUUAAUAAAAGAGCACAAUCACAGGGCAUUAUCAGACAUAAUAGAAAGUAUAAGAGAAUUAGAAUAUUAUAAAAAACAUAUAUUUGAUGUAUUUAAGCAAAAUGAUGUAUGAACCUAAAGCGAGUAGUUGCUUCCGAUAUCGGAGUAGGGGCUCCAGACGCAUUUGCACGCGGCCCAAGUAGAUGUUGGCACUGGAUGCGACCCCCGAUGUCGGCCAUAUGCUAGGCACCCCAGAUGGGCACCAAUGUGCCAGGCGUGGAAGGCUCCAGAGUAAUAACAUACAUAAGAUCCCAAAGCUCUCCUUUAGCGCUGGUGCCGGUCCCCAUGGGUUUUAGUCAGUAAGAAUCUGACACUCCCCUGCCGCUCGCUCCCAGGGGUCGGUGGGGGAUCUUAUGCAACAUUUCCCCACGUUAAAAAAAAAAAAUGUAUAGCCACUAAUUCAAGUAAAAGUAAGUAAAGGUAACUAAAGGUAAGUAGCUAUAGAA